UCACAACACAACAACAGUCUGUUGGUUUUCCAGUUUGUUUGUGUUUAUGUGUUUGUGUAUGUUGUUACUUUAUAAAAUAACUUCUUUAAAUUAAGUGUUCAAAGUGUUUUAGAACUUAAAUAAGUGAAUUUGUGCGAGCUAUUUAUGUAAAAACGCUAUGGGGUUCACUAACCUUAAUAUUCAACUGUUACAGGAUGUGUGUAAACUUUCUUUCAUUGGGAAUGUUUGCUCCGGUUAAAUUAUUGUAUUUUUACGCAACUAAUCUAAAAAUCAACGCGGCUUCUAUUCCUUAAGAUGACGACUAAUUUUUUAUAAAAGGCAUUUUUGUGAUCUUAACCUCAAAAAGCAAGUAUAGAAAGUGUAGGCCUAGCUUUGUUGCUAGUAAGGUUGUGAAACAGAGUUGUGAAUGGGAAACCACAGUGUUUGCAUUCCUGUGUGUUGUGUUGGAGGAUUAGGCCCUACCUAGUAUUGGAUUACUUACAGGAAACAUGCUGAAGGAAAAAUGAACCUCGAUGUAUCAUCAGAUAGCCUGCAGCCUACCUGGAGAUUGUGGGAGGAAGAAAGAGUGGAUGGUGCCGUUUACACUGUCUACCUCAAGAAAGUCCGCUACCAUCGGCCCACCAAGUCUGUGUCAUCUGAUUCGGAAGAUGAGAUUUCACACCUGGAGUGGGAGACUGUGAAGGUGAGGUUUAUCAAGGCAGGGACACUACAGCGGCUGGUAGAGAGUCUGGCUACUGACGAGGGAGAGCUAGAGUCCACCUACAUCAGUGUGUUCCUGGCCACGUAUCGCACCUUUGCCACACCCAAGCAGGUGCUCAGUCUGCUGCUAGAUAGGUAUGAACAACUGGCCAACAACGAGUUGGACCUUCCAGAAAUGGUUUCAGACCAACACAGAAAGACCCUGGUGCUGGCGUUGCACGUGUGGCUGGACUCGUAUCCGGAAGACUUCAGAGAUCCUCCCCUGCACGCCACGCUGCAUCAGCUGCUGCACUUCACACAGGCGCAUCUACCUGAGUCAGAACUGCAGCACAAGGUCAGGCAUCGUCUGGAGAGGUUCAUCAGAGAGGAUGAGAUGCUGGAGUCCUGUCCACUGUUCACGCCUGACAGUCUGUACCUACACUCUAACGGGACUCACGCUCCACCCUACAGCUUCCCAGACAUCCCUGAGCGACAUUUCGCUGAGCAGCUGACGAGGAUGGAUAUGAAGCUGCUGCAGAGGCUAGUACCUCACCAGUGUCUCGGAGGCAUCUGGUCACGCAGGGACAAGUCACGUAGCCAGGAGGCGGCUACAGUGUUGGCUACGGUUAACCAGUUCAACGCGGUCAGUCUGCGAGUGAUCAGCACAGUGCUGAUGGACCCUAACUGUCGGCCAGUGGAGCGAGCUACGCUGAUAGCCACUUGGAUAGACAUUGCUCAGGAGUUAAGGGUUCUCAAAAACUUUUCAUCGUUGAAGGCGAUCAUCUCAGGUCUUCAGUCCAAUCCAGUCUAUAGGUUACAAAAGACUUGGCAAUGCUUACCAAAGGAAAAGGUGGAGGUGUUUGAGGAGUUAGCCAGGAUAUUCAGUGAGGACAACAACCAGUGGGCUCAGCGGGAGUUGUUGAUGCGGGAGGGAACGGCCAAGUUUGCAGACACUGUGGGUGAAAAUGACAAACAACUGCAGAAGGUCAUUCAGCGGCAGGCCAACAACAGUGGGAGCAUCAGUCAUGGGACUAUUCCGUACUUGGGAACAUUUCUGACAGACUUGACCAUGAUAGACACAGCCAUUCCUGACACACUGUACGAAGGUCUCAUCAACUUCGACAAGCGCAGGAAAGAGUUUGAAGUUUUAGCUCAGAUCAAGUUGCUGCAAGGCGCAGCCAAUGCGUACAACAUCCACGAAGACGUAGCGUUUGACCGAUGGUUUGACUCCAUCCUCACCUUGGAUGACAGAGAGGCUUACCAGCUGAGCUGUCAGAUAGAACCUCCUACUGUGCCUACACUCACCGUCACCACUCAGCGGCACAGGAAGAAACCUCCCAACAACUGUGUUUGUUACAGUAUGGGCCACAGAAAGAACGAUUCAAUAGCGUCCACAACCAGCAGCAGCUCUAGCAGUCAGUUCUACGACUUGGAGAGUUUGCCUUCCUCCCCUAGAAACUCUCUUGACAGGAAGGCGUCGCCGUCCCAGAUGUCGUCCUCGUCUAGUAAUUCUUCCCUACCCUCUCUGGACGUGAGUGUGGGCAGCAGUGCUACCAACACGACAGGCAACAGCGUGUCAGUCAGUGCUGCCAACCGCAGUCCUGCGUCUUCACAGCUACGGCAAGUCACUCCGGACUUCUACAUAAUCAAGGUCACCUUGGAAACUGACCUUGUGGAGACUGAUGGCAUUGUGAUGUACAAGAGUAUAAUGCUGAGUAACAAUGAAAGAACACCUCAAGUUAUUCGCAACGCAAUGCUCAAGCUGGGGAUUGAAGGCAACCCUGACAACUACACUCUCGCUCAAGUACUUCCAGAUAAAGAAAUGCUACUGCCGGCCGACGCGAACGUGUACUACGCUGUCAACACUGCCUUCAACCUCAACUUCAUUCUUCGGUCCAAGCUGAGACUAUUAGACAGUCCUGCCACGUUACCCAAGCCUUCACGGACCAAGAACGGAAAAAAAUUCCCCCUCUCCGGCUCGUGAUACAGGCUUUAACGUGGAACUCUUUGUUUCACUGCCUUAAUAAGUCAGACUUAAGAUAUAUUGGUGAACAUUAAGGCACAAACAGUGUUUGGAAAAUACUGUUAGUUCUUACCUAGAGAUUUUCACCCUCUAUUUUAUAAAAAAUUUUAAUUAAACAUAUUUUUUUAGAAACGUACCCUGGAAUGUAGUCAUACUGCCAAUGUGUAAGAUUUUAUCGUUUAGUUAUAAAUAACGAACUUAGAAACGGGAUAGAGUCUUUGGCUAGUUUCAUAAAAUUUGCAUAGCAAAUCUAUACCAUUUACCCUUGAAACUUCCCCUUCCUCAAAAAUUAUAACCCAAUAUUCACAACUGUGGUUUCAUUUUGGACCUUAAAAUGUAUUGUGAUACUGUACUCCAUUGUUGACCUUUUUACUUCCUCUUUCAUGUCCUUUGGUUUGUAUUGACCUUGGUUCUUAUGGUUAAAAUGUUAUUCCUUUCUUUAUAACCUUGCUACUUAUCAGUAAUAGUAUAAGUAAAUAAUACUCGUCAAUUUUAAAAUAUAUUUGUUGAUUAGGUUUGUUUCAAUUGAGUAGGUAAUGAGUUUAAAUAAUGUUAUCAAUUUAUCAUAUUGUUACUGUACAAGUCAUUGUUCUCUCAAGUUCAAAGCGUUAUAAGUCUCACUUUUGUGUUUUAUUUAUUUUAAAAACAUAGGUCUUACUAGCAAUUAAUUUAUGGAUGUGCAGAACAAAACCUACGCAACUUAUUUGGAUCUCAUUGACUUCUAGUGACCAAAGCUAUGUUGUUAUGAAAUGUUGAGGUUGUUGUCAUGGUGUUGUUGAUAUAAUGUUAGGUUGUAACUGUGGAAUUGUAGUGAGUACUUGUUAUUUUGUCACAAAUAUUUAUUUAAAUUGUGAAUAAACUGUUUUUUAAAUUUUAAUAAUGAUAAACUGAAUCUGUACAGUUAGUUAUAAGAAUUGUUGGAAUUAAAUUUAUCUUUGAGGUUAGUGCAAUGUAAAACAGUCAAUUACAAUCGACUAUUAAUUAUUUUUUUUUAAUACUGCAAUUUAUAUUGUUAAAUAUUCUUUACAUACAUUAAUUGUAAUUGUUUGUAUUGAAUAUCUGAGUUUUAUAGCUGUCAAAAUGUAAAUGUGAUAUAGGAUUUCCAGCUGUGUUCAUACUUGAAACAAACAUAUCUGAUACAAGUUCAAAACUAUUUUUUUUAGGUAUAAAUCAAAAUACCGUAGCUAAAUUAAAUCAAAGAAAAUGUGUAAAAUAUCAACUUGAUUAUUUCAAUCUAACCAAAUGUAAAACUAAACAACAAAAUAAACCAUAUACAGUAUGUCCUUUGUAUGUAGUUAUACACGUGUUGAAAAAGACAAGUAGAUGAUGACCAACUUUGUUGUGUUAGGGUAUGUAAAAACUCCGUGAUCUUGUAAAAGUGUUGAUAAUUUAUUCUCACACAUUUUUUGUUUGUACAUUUUUAUUAAUCCCUAGAAAUAAAGAUACACGUUAAAAAAUAUUUAACCAUACCCUAAUAUAAAGCAUUCACCUUGCAAUUUGGUUAAAAAACAAAGAAAAAUGUUGGAUGACAGUUUUCUGCUCACUAAUUGUUUUAAAACAUUCUUUAUAAUAUUGUUUCUUUGGCUCUAUAUUUUUGUCCUUUAGAGAUUUGUUCAGAUUAGUUAGUUGUUUGAUUAUUUUCCUCAAGACUUCUAAUAAAUGCUAAAAGUAAAUUGAGAAGCUAGUAUCCAAUAAAACCUAUAUUUCACUGAAAAAAUUCAAUCAAUUUCUUAAUGUCCAUCUUACUAGUUAUUCUUGAAUUUAAACAAGGAGUUAAAAUUAUCUAUUGCUGCUAAAAUGUUUUUUUGUUUAUUAUUGUUGUACUAUUACAAGGAAUUGAUAAAAGAAUAAGCUUCAAGAUUUGCUUAUAAACAUAAAGAAAUUAUGUUACUGGUCUGAAAGUGAACAUUAUUUAACAAAUGGAACAGUCUAAACCAUAUGUUUAUGUUAAGUUCAGUUUCUUUUCUAAUAUUUGUGUGAUUUACUUAUAAACGUAGGGAUAAUAUUUUUUUUUAUUUUGAAAGAAGAUGCAUAUUUCAAACUGAUUUGAUGUAUUAUUCUUGGUAAAUAUGUAUUAAUUCUGUGUGACUUUAUGUUUACUGUUAUAAAUGUACUUAAGUGUUUACACGUCUGUGAUAGUUAGAAACAAAACAUUAAGUGCAAUGCUGCAAGUUCCAGUAUUUCAAGUCCUAACAUUCGAGACAGCAGAAGUAUUUCACAGUAUUAAUAUAAUUGUUGUUUUGUUAUUAAUGUGAAAGUCUUAAAGUAUAAAUAUUUUGGCUCUAUUUUAUAGUUUACUAUUGUAAUUUAUUUCAUGAACAGUUGUUGACACUCUGAGUCCAGAAUGGAAAGCAACAAAAUUCACACUGCCUGAUUCAAUUAUUAGAAAUUACUUACUUUUAAAAAUUUAACUUUUUAGUACGGUAUGGAUUAAUGAAAGUCUAAAUAUGUCAACUUAUUAAUACCAUACUGUAUUUUCAUAAUAAUAUAGUGAAAAUAUAGUAUUUCUUUUAGAAAAGUUUGUUUUCUAAAGUAAAUAAUAAUUGUUAUUUUUCUACUUUAGAAAA